UUUAUUCUCUCAACUCUGAACAUUGCGGUGGAUGGAUGGACUACAAUGGCCUGGCCAAGACAUGCCAGUUCGUUUUUAAACGCAGAGCGAAAAAGACGUGUGAUUUGGCUAAAGCUAAAAAGCAAAAUAUACACAAAAUAUUAACAAAAUUUCAAAACAUUAAAAAAAAUCCGGUGAACAUUUUUGUGUGUUUUUAUAUAAAAGGCAAUUAAAAAGAAAUCGCAAUACAAUGCAAAUUUUGGAACAAAGAGAACCUCUACGCAACACCACCAGCUGCAAUGAGAAGUUCGAAUUUGAAAAGGCCCAAUCGGAAAAAUGCGAAAAUCCACAAAGCUUCCCAGGAGUUUCGCAACUGUUACCCAGUCUAUAUCUGUGCGGUGCCAGCGUUCUGUCUCCCACCCUAAUCACUACACUUGGCAUUAAUUUUGUCAUCAAUGCUUCCUCUGAGUUGCCAGACACCCCACUGCCCUCCACAACCAAUACCCUGUAUUUACGCGUCAGUAUUCCGGAUCGUCCCAGUGCCGAGUUAUCCAAACACUUUGAUGAAGUUGCCGACAUGAUUGAGGAGGUCCGCCUUAACGGAGGCAAAACCCUGGUCCAUUGUGUGGCCGGUGUUAGUCGCUCAGCCACACUAUGUCUGGCCUAUCUAAUGAAGUAUUCGGAAAUGUCUUUAAGAGAGGCCUUCUUCCAUGUCAAGAGUAUACGUCCUCAAAUUCGUCCCAACACAGGAUUCUUUCAACAGCUGCGAUGCUAUGAGGAACUACGCUAUGGCUCACAGUCAGUGCAAAUGUUAUUCCUGGAAUGUCUGCAGCGAGAAAUACCCGAUGUUUAUGAGUCGGAAUUUCGUCCCAUGGAAGAGUUCUAUCGCAGGCAACGCAAGGUGAAUAGAUGUGCUCAUGAGAAACCUUUGGCCACAUAAGCGCAAUGUGGCCUGCCGGCAGAGAAAGGGAAAAUGUAGAAUUUCCGCAAUCACCACACUACUUCAUAGCACUGUGAAGCAGAAGAAAAAAAGCAUUUUGAUCAUAAAUUGUCACACGUCUCAAAAAUGACUGCCGAGGAAAGCAUUUGUUCAUACUUUCGCGGUGCAGUUGAUGGAAGAAUGGCCUGUUUGUUAUGAAGUCGCUUGAUGGUCCAAAAAUUUCAUUUCGAAAAGUUCAUUCUGGUCCUUGCUGGAAGGCGAAAGUUCGUUCGUGAAUCGUUUGUAAAAUAUGCAUGCAUAUGUCUGUUGUGAAUUUAGAAUAGAUUUAAAGCGCACAUCUUUAAUUGUUAUAUGUGAAAUUUUUGCAUACAAUCGCAAACACACACACACACACAAACAAAAUUACAUUAAUAUUGUAAUAUAAACAAAAAAAAUCUAAUAAACUAAUAUGAUUUUUUUAAAUAAAAAAAUUAGUUCAAGCACUAAAAGUUAAAAGAAAA